AUGGUUUUCCAGAGCGAACGGUUUAAAGAGAAGAAACCUGACGAAUCUCCUGGACCUGCCCAUUAUUCUGUAAGUUCAGCGCCCUACUCUUGACACAAGCAGUCAUAUGCAAAAGUGCGCAAUAAUUUGGCAUUUUCGAAGUUGGGUACCUAGCGUACUUUUGUUGGAAUCGGACAGCGCUCUUCUGGAUGUCAGUCUUAGAAAGAUAUAUGUUUUAUCCUGGUUGGAAGAGGGAAAUGGACGAGUUUGUUUUGUCUCGUAGUCCCGAGACUGGGUCUACGCAGCCAGUCGCAUAAUGCAUGACAAUCAGAAAUCGAGAUGUUUUACUGACAAAGAACAGAGACAAUGAAAUAGCCGUUUCUGGAUAAUUUGCCAUCAUCGGCCAAAGACACCCCAGGUCGGGCGCCUAAGUUUUGAAUCACAGUUAAUUGGUCCCCUACAAUUUUUUCUAUCGGUCACUUUCCUAUAUGAAUUAUGGACUCAAAACCUUACAGAGGAGAUCAGAUUAUUUGCAAUUGUACCAUAGGGGCAUUACACAAAAUGGGAAGAGUGACUUAAAAGUGCUCGAUAACCAAAGGAUCGCGAUUCGGAUCUUAUGGGUCCGGCAUCCGGUUGUGGCGAGCCUAGCUGACCAAAAGUGAUCAUUCCAGUUACCUUAGUCUUUGCCGACAGCAUUUUUCGAUGCAAGCCACAUGAGGCAUUUGGCGGAACGUUAAUUCGGUGUCUAUGUGGAGAAAACAUAUUUGAUGACCAACCCCCAGACCCAAAAUAAGGAAAUAUUAGUGCAUUUUCCUAACCCGUAAAAUUAAAUCCGCUUUUGCAAUCUAAUAUUCUUCCUUAAGAGACAAAAUCAGCCGUGCAAACAAGCCCUUUUUGGCCAUACCCCCUAAUAUUUGGAAGUAUCUGAAACAUACUCUAGCAUGUUCCUGGACAUUUGUGUCGGUAUUCAGUAACCCGUAAACCCGUGCUCGGGUUUAAACUACUCAUCUUGUUUAUGGGAUAUUAUGCACACAAAUAGCGGCGGUCACCGCCCAGAAAGCUGCUAUAGUUAUGUGCUGGAUGACUUGAAUUUCCGGGUAGCGGAUUUCAGUUGGAAGUGAAUACUUAUGGUAAACUCUCUUUUGCUUAAUUAUGAAAUUAACCUCCCACCUCCAGCAGUGCACUAAUCAGACACGGAGAAUUAUCGCUUUAUACAGGGACGCGAAACAUUCUUUUAAGUCGGACAUUUUUAAAUGCAGACAGAUGCAUAUAUGUUAUUUGGGUGGCUGCAAGGAGUUCCUCCGAGUUCAUGUUGAUCUUGUCCUAGCACUUUUUAUUGGAAAGAAAACGGCCGUAUAUAUUUAUCAUCCCCCGCCCGAAAAUCGUCCACCCAUGUUUUCAAAUUUGGGGACAAUCAAAACAGUAAAAGUACGACUUCGAAGGCGCAAACUAAGAGGAUAGACCUAAUUCCAAACAUAACGUUAAACUCCAUUGAAACCCUAAGCCCAAUGCUUAAUUCCAAUUUGGAAAAACAUCUCAUUAAUUUUUGAGGUGUGUCGGUAAGUGUGUCUCAUCAAGAUGACUUUUAUGCAGAUCUUUGUCGACUAUCUCCCUGCUAACGAUUCACAUGAAUGCAUUAACACCUUUACAUUGGGCAGUCCCGUAACAGGUUUCCCAGACUGUAUCGCUUCCUUUGAAGCAAGAUCGCCAAAAUUUCAUCGUAAACUCUAUUCUGGUGGACCUCCCCAAGAUCGGCCCCUGUUUGCCUACUCGAUUUUGCGACCGAUCUCGUGAAAUAUUAACCAAAAUUCUGGAAUGCUCUUUUGAUUAGGAAGGACUUCUUUGGUGGUGUUGCGAGAAUGAUUAUCACGCAGCCUAGCCUUAAGAUACUUCAGACACGGUAAGAUGCCAGCUUAUAAAUGCAUUUCUUUACGGCCGUCUGCAAAGACCGCACUCGGUGUAAAAUGGCAAUGUAAGCAGUAAGAAUGUUUCCUAUUCUUAUAGCUCCAAAUGUAUUUUACGGAUAACAUGCAUAAAAUGCGACUUCUUCUGCUGUUUUGCUAUCAGAUCACGUCUUCUCCAAAUUUUCUAUUUAAAGAAAGCAUAGGCAACGUUAGGCUGUAGGGCACCAACUAACUUGUCGUAGGUUGAACAAUGGUAAAGGGGGUUUUACGGAUGGGCAAUACGCAGGAGGGAGGGCGGCUGGGAUGCUAGAAGAUACAGAAAAUAAAUAAAUUUCUACCGAAAGUUUUAUCGUACGCUGUCACUUGGCAAAGAAAGUGAGCGUGAUAUUUAAAAAAUAAACGAAAGGUGAUUUCCAAAAAAUAAGGGACUUCGAAUAAACCGCCGCUUGUGAGUCUACGUUUGGCCAGGAACGCAGGGGAGUUUCAAACAAUGGAAACGGUGAAAAAUAAGUAAGAUUUACCGCCAUACUGAAUUUUGGCGUGCAUGUUGGAGUUGCCAGCUACAGAAGAUCCUAACCCCUACCGUUGCCAAAGCAUUUUCUUGGCCCUUAAAGUUUUUCUAUUCUGGAGUAAUUUUUAAACAGAUCUGCCGUUACAUCUUCAUCCAAAGUUUGUAGUAUAGAAGCUGAGGUGUCUUGUUACCAAAUGAGUAUAAGAACUAGUACCUUUAUGCAUAUUUCCAACAAAACAUAUUUGAAUUUGCAAGGACGUCGAAAAGUCAACGAAAAAGUAAUACUACGUAAGUGGCCACUUCUCGCCGAGUGCGGUUUCUGCAGGCGAACGAAAGAAAAUGCAUCCGAAAGUUGGUUUCCCGUCAUAUCUGAAAUGCCGUUGGAUUAUACCGCAUGAUAACCAAUAUUACAACUCUACUAAAGCAAUUUGGGUUGGAUCUCAUUUGGCAGCCUUACCUGCAUUAGACAAGCCCCAGCCUGACCCCUGACCGCUAACCCCUAGGCCCUAACAUCAAUCCGUAACCUCAGUCCCUAACUCCAACCCCUAACCCCUAACCCUAACCCUUAACCCCUAACAGGUACGGCUACAAAAUAAGAUCUUUCCGCAAAUUUUCCUAAUUGAAAAUACUUCACAACUUCAGUUAACGCUUUACGAGGCCGGUCACUAGUUGUAAGUCGUCAAGUUAAUUUGUAAUCACAUUAGUCUACAGGCAGAAUUUAAAGAACUCUUUUCAGAAUGGUCAUGUUUUACCACACACGAGAUUAGCAGGCUAUGUGAAGCAAGGAGGGGUAUGCUCGCGGCACAGCCAAUCAGAAGAAAGUGAGACUGGGUUUUUCUUCUAAUGUGACUUCAGCUCAAAAGGUGGUGGGAGUCUAAGCACCGCUCGGUAGUUUUCCUAUGCGGUAAACGUCUCUUUUUUGCCGGUUAGGCAAAAAUCAGAAAACGGAGGUACUUCAAGACAGACAUACUUUCAAGCGGCAGUUUUCGAAGCCAUAUCGACCAUGCAGUUAAUCAGAAUCUUCAAUAUCAAGGUUGGAGCAACCGGUAGAACGUGUGUCCGGCUUUGUCACUAUAAUUGAGGCAUUCGGCUGGGUCCUAUAGAGGUCAUAUGGGCAGAGCGGAAAACUGGAGUCAAAGAAAAGUAUGGCUGUUUGAAUGGACCGCGCUUGUUAAUUAGUGAGGUGGUGUUCCACAUCAAAUCCAAGUCUGGAGACUCGGUGAGGUGGUUGCUCAUCCGCCUGCUCCCAGACCCUUUGGCAAGAUAGCCUUCCUGAUCAGCCCCUCUGGGAUGAGGACCAUACACUUCCUCAUUGCAGUCCAUUGCCAAGGAAACUGCGUCCAAUAACAACCAUUAUUCGGCUUUCCUGUUCUCUCUAUGUACUUUUUAUGCACCCAAGGCUUUUUUGCAUACAAUCUGAACGACCACGCACCAACAUGUACGCAUACUGACCACAUGUGAUAAAGAUUCUUUAUACCCUCCUGAUUGAUCUUCAGUCGGCUAAGAUUCUUUUUGUAGGAGACAGGUGCGCGGUAGUGUAUCAGUACGAAAGCUUUUUAAAAUGAAGUGGAUAAGGAUACUAAGGCGAGGCAGGCAUUUCUCUCAGGUCCCGUUUUCAAUGGAUAGAAGCAUAGAUCCUCAUUUAACUAUUCAAACCAAAAGAGCAAGAACAUUCGAACUAUCCGAAAGUGCAGGUUCAUUUAUCGCAUGUCUUGAGCUAAUAUCCGAUUCUUUCGUCAGAAGCUAAAAAAUUAGUCCAAUUUGCAGUCUCUUCGUGCACGUUCCAUCGAAUCAGUCAUUGAAGCGCCUUUGUUGGAGGUUACAGAAUAAGGACCUGAACUCAAAUGUCAGUUGGACCGACCGUCGGCUCGAACAUCCACCUGAAUACCCUGUUCUAUGCAGUCACGUCCGAUGAAAAUCGACUAAUAACUAUUUCACAAAUUCGAUAAAUUUUCUUACGUGUAUGAUGAACUCUAGUGCUAGUUCGGAGCGUCGGAUAAAAAACCUAUUUCGGAGAGUUGACUUCUUUCUCCUUCUGGACAGUCUACAGUACUUUUUUAAAAAUGCAAAUUUGCACUAGGCAGUGAUGGCUUUAGGCGUCGUCCUGUUGACUAUAAAUAGACGCUGUUUUGCCUCCAUGGAAGUCCUAGUUUAUAUUUGAUCUUACAUACUCUGUGGCUAUUUCUACUAGUCACCGUUAACAUCCUCGAAAGGAAUGCAGUUAGUCUGCUUGAAAGUCAGGACCUUUUAUCUUUUUUUGUUGGAGGAUGAAGGGCCGUAGUGUCUAAUCAUAAAAUAGAGAUCAUUGCGAAAGGGUUCGUAAUCUCAUCCUAGCCAGAAAUGGGCCCCAGCAGGAUUCCUCCACUUGAAACUUCUGGCGAUUUUUUGUAGGAAUGUACAAUGGCAUCCUAGACCUGUGAGUCUGCUUGAGAACACACAAUCUGUAAAGCAACUAUGCCCAGUGUGGAUGCGCUCCAAAGGAGCGUUUGAGUUUUCGCAAAUGUUUUCUUAAACCAAGUCUUUCGUUGGAUUCCGCCCCCGUACCUAAGUGCAGAUGACGAUGUAAGGCUAUGCGCCACAUGGCUUAGAUUUGUGAAACGUUUGGAGUUUUAAUUUCUUUGCCUUUUAACCAUUGCUUCAAAGUACACACAUAAAGACUGGGAGUUUCACAUGCAAAAAAUGCUUUUGCUUGGCCUUGCCUGCCAAUCAUGCAUUCGAUCAUAACUUCCAUUUUAUUUUUCUCCGUGUCAACAGGAGAAAUAGGUUUUUUAUAAUGACAUAAGUGAGUUCAGUUUUGGGCCUUGACAAUGCGCGACACCGUUAAUAACAACCACGUCCAUGGUUGAAAAUAAAUCAACGUAGCUUUGAGUAUCUGGACAUAAUUCGCGGUUUUAAUCAUCGCUGGAAGUCAGCAACACCAGACCGGCGGUUAUGAAAGCCUGAAAUAAAAGAGCCUACCUUAGUUUUGCGGUUGAACAUCUGCCUGUCUAGCGAGUCGCGCUGACAGCACAUAUUUUAAACUCCCCUGUUGCUUAAUCUCGGAUUGACUGAUUUGUCUGCCAUCCUCUAGACCUCCCUCCUAAUCCUUCUGUCCACAUUUGGUAAGUUUCAAGCCGGCAGAAGUCUGUCGUUCCGCCAAGAGAAGCAGAGGUUAGGGCUUACAUUUGUGACCCAAGCACUUGGCGCUAGCAUGUUCGCCUACACGCCCCGACCUCUAGGCUUGGCGUGCGUCCCCCGCCCCCUCAGCACCAACAGAAACAGGGCUGGUGGACAUCGAAGAGGUGCUGUAGCAACUGACGCGCCCUCAGGGACUGCACAUCAUGCUGGCGCCAAAAUCUGCCCCUCUCGUAAAUUAACAGUCUCCAAACUCCCCUCCCACCCACGGAAAUGGCCCUUUGCUGGUGGGUUAACGUCGUGGGGGUGUGCAGCUGGUCGGCAUGUGUGCGAUCCAUGUCUUCGGUUUCGCCUAGCCACCUUGUGUGCACGUGGAGGAAUCACACUCUCCCCCUUUCUACACCACAACCACCCACAGCAGGCCCAACAGUUGGUUCUGUAGGCGUACUGUGUGCACCUCUCCCCUGCUCCCCCCGGCACACACUUCCACCGAACUCGCAUACCUUGGACGCAGUAUCUUGGACGAGGGUAUAGGGUUUUCGUGCAGCCCCAAUUGGCGAAUGAACGAAUCAGCAGCAGCAUUUGGUUCACAGGCGCAUAUGCAUUUCAAUUCUUGAUCUUCGGGAUAUUUGGUUAGGUUGGAUAUCAUUUUUUCCAGACUACCCGCCUUCUGGUAGCGUCGCUGAACCUCCCCUUAGAUGCGGAGGUCUAAUCGCGCAUCAGCGACGAUUUUAGACAUAAUUGCAACCUACUGAAAACGACCAAAUCCGGUCUGCGUAAAAGUAAUUGCUAAUGCCGAUAACUGGUGCUCCACGCUAAAAGUAACAUUAUAAAAUAGACCAUAUAACCCGAACUGAUGAUUUCUAUAUUUCUAAUGCCUGCUACUGCCAUCAGAGGUCCAUAUGACGACGCGUAUUCAACCAGACACACGUCAGAAUAACCUGAUUGCAAAUAAAAUAAGCUGACCUCACGGGAGCCAAGCCUAAACAAAACUCGUGAGGUAGAAAGUAUGAUGAUUUGAAAAAACUCACAGUCAAAAGUAUAUUCAAAAACGAAUGGCGUCACUGGCUUCUUCGUAUUUACUUAGUCUUUUUGCAUUCGCUUCGUUAUCAUUACUCGACUACUUUCCGAACAGAGUUACUGUUGACAGGCGUAUUUGGUGUUUUCAUUUUCCUACCGCGCCUGUGUUGGCCUAUCGACCUCUUUUGGUUCCUUAUACAUUUCGCAUUUUUAUAAUUAAACACUGUUUCGUAUUUUAGCCUGACCGCGAAGUGGUAGGCUUUACUUUUUAGACGUUGACUCCCGGGAAUGUAGGGCAAAAGACUAUGUGCAAAAAACGAAUCUGAAAAUAACCUGUGCGUUUGGCGAAAAAACUUUGGGAAAGGGAUAUUUAGUUUUGGUGGCAAAACGGGUUUAGAUUCCCCAGGACAAGAACUUUAAGGUCCAAUCCUGAAGAUUGUUAGAACAUUUGAGGACAAUUCCACCAGAAUCAGUGAAAGUGCCGUCUGGUGGUCAUGUCUGCAGUCUGUAUAGUAGGAUAUUUGGGAGAUGGCAAGCAGCUCAACCAUGCUUCAGACAACAUAGGCUCUUAAACUCGCAAAGCCCCAAGUGAAAUUUUUUAGCAUACUUUUAGCCAGAAAAUCCGCCUAGGUGAUAUGAGACAACCGAUUCGAACCGAGUAUCCGUCAAAGUCAAUAUCCACAGAGUAUAAUGAUGACUUUUGAAUGGGCAUCUCUCCUACCGCUUAGGUACAUGACACCUAUGGUAUUUCACCAGCCAGACAGUGUGUAUUUUCUAAUCGAGUUUUGAUGUUCGUAUAAACGCAGCCAUAAGGUAACUUAAGAAGUGCGCGAAAAUUAUUUCUUGCAUAUAUUUUGCAGGGAACCAGGUCUUCUGUGUAAUUUUCUUCUAAACUUUAGGCAUUUUCAAAAAUAUCAUUGUUCAUAUAGUUUUCUUCUCCCCCUUCAUCCCUACUGCUCAUAAAUUCUGUAUUAGGAUGGAAGUGUGCUACAGUAAGGAAACAUGCAGAGUCAUGUAAGAUGGUAACCAUAUGAAUAUGCAAAAAUAAAUGUGGUAUUUUAAGAUAAAGGGAAUUUGUCAACUCGUGUAAAAUCAAAAGCUUGUCUUUUUCUAAUAUAUACCGUCUGAGUACAACUAAAUUCCCAAAGAAAAUUAACACAAGUACCCAAUACUGCCAACAUACAUCCCAGUAGAUAGUACUAAAGGCACACAGUCGACAAAAACGAGUCGAAAAAUGAGCACUAAGUAAACACGGCUAUUUUUGCUAGUUCAGUUCACAAAAGUAAUCGAGAUAAAGUCCAUUCAGUAGUCAGCAUACUACCGUGCAUUGACUGACCAACCAUUGUGUUCACCGCUGAUUUGUUUUCCGAUCAGUCCAAUGCCAGAUUUGGACAAUUGCUUUGUGUGUUAGAAAAAUUGCGUCUCAAAGGCCUUACUCACACUGAACAUUAUACAGAAACAUAGUUGUAGUCUUCACUAUGAAAAGGGAAGUAAAACUAGGAACCACAUGGGUACUCACUGACGAACCGAAGCUGCGUAAUGAGCGGCAGAAAACUAUUAAAACGCAUUAUUGUCACUGUGGGAAGUCCCCAAUUCCGCCUCCGGUCUUCCAAACUGUCUUGACACCGGGUCCUGCUGGGUGAACGAGGAGAGUGCGCGAUGGAUACUGCGCAAGUCUACUAUCAUUAUAAGCGGAUUCACUGGCAAGUCACCGUCCCUGUGUCCGCCAUGCCAUGGAGCCAACAAUGAACAUCGCGUUCGCGAAUUCCAAACUGUCGUGUGAAGUCUAUAAUAGUCUCGAUAUGGAACGAAAAUGGCGCGUUGGUGAUAACUUAUCCUCUGUUUAUUCUUUACUGAUUAUGGUCACGAGUUAGUCUUUUCUUUUUUCGCAUUAACAUUUAUGCACCUGCAUUUAGUAUAGGUUGUGACAUGUGUGAUGACAGGCGUCAUUCAGUGGAUGAAAUCGUUUCAGGGGUGGCGCUUCAAUAAAUGUUGACUCUAUUCAUUAUGCUCACUCUAAGCGAGUUCUGGUGCAUGUGACCUACUUUGUAAACACAUUUACCUCGUCUUGUACGCUUUUCAUUUUACCCACGCUGACGCACACAGAUUUCACCCUAUGUCGAGAGCUGUUUGCGCAUUGACACCUUCAAUGUGAAGAUGGGCAGGCUAGUUCGCUGUGCUCCCGCGCCCAUGAAAAGAUGACUUGGAUGAAGACUUUUGCUAACGAAGCAAUGCCAGUGCGUCAGGAGCGCCGACACCAUCUCUAGUUUGGAUAAAUUUACUCCUUUUGGUUGCCCUUCCUUCCAGUUUCUGUUGGUUCACGUUUCAUUUGGAACUUUAUUCCCUUGUCUUUGAUUGCAACCUUGCUGCUGAUGGCAACUUUUCUCUCUUCUCCAGCUGCCCCUUAGCAUUCGAGAUACUCUCCAAAAAUCCACAUUCAAUGAGACCCUUCGUCAUCCCUCAGUCCGUCAACCGGAAAGCGCCCCAAGACACCAACCGGCAACUUUUGAUCCGAUCGACAUGACAGCUUUGAAAGUCGCUGCUAUGGUAGCUGAAUACAUCCUAACCUGA